CGCCACCAAGCUGUGACAACACCCACCUCACCCCCAGCACUCUGGGGCAGCCAGCUGUGCCAUGUCUGUGACCAGUGGGAAGACGGGGCUCUCCCUGACCCAGGAGAUCCUCAGCCACCUGGGCCUUGCCAAAAAGACCGCAGCAUGGGGGACCCUGGGCACCCUCAGGACCUUCCUGAGCUUCAGUGUGGACAAGGACGUGCAGAAGCUACUGAUGGCCAUCGCAGGCCAGGGCGUGGACCGCACCGCCAUUGCGGACGUGCUGACCAACCGAAGCAGAGAGCAGAGGCAGCUCAUCUCACGAGCCUUCCAGGAGCGCACCCAGCAGGACCUGCUCAAGUCCCUGCAGGCCGCGCUAUCCGGCAACCUCGAGAGGAUCGUGGUGGCUCUGCUGCGGCCGGCAGCCCAUUUGGACGCCCAGGAGCUGAGGACAGCCUUGAAGGACUCAGGUUCUGCCAAGGAAGUGGUUGUGGAAAUCCUUGCCACCCGCACCCCACCGCAGCUGCAGGAGUGCCUGGCAGUCUACAGACACGAUUUCCAGGUAGAGGCUGAGGAGGACAUCAAAUCUGAGACUCGUGGCACCUUGCAGGACCUGCUCCUGGCCCUGGCCAAGGGGGCGCGUGAGAGCUACUCUGAAAUCAUUGACUAUAACCUAGCAGAACAGGAUGUCCAGGCACUGAAGCAGGCCGAGGGACCUGGUACAGAGGGGACGUGGGUCCUCAUCCUCACUCAGCGAAAUCCUGAACACCUUGUCCGAGUGUUCGAUCAGUACCAGCGGUGCACGGGGCGUGAACUGGAGCACACUGUCCGGAACCAUUUCCAUGGAGACGCCCAGAUGGCUCUGCUCAGCCUCGCCUCGGUGAUCAGGAACACAGCACUGUACUUUGCCGAUAAACUUCAUCAAGCCCUCCAGGAAACUGAGCCCAAUUACCAAGUCCUGAUGCGCAUCCUUAUCUCUAGAUGUGAGACUGACCUUCUAAGCAUCCGAGCUGAGUUCAAAAAGAAAUUUGGGAAGUCCCUUUACUCUUCCCUCCAGGAUGCGCUGAAAGGGGACUGCCGCCUGGCCCUACUAGCCCUCUGCAGGGCUGAGGACCUUUGAGACCACUUCGCCAUGUGACAUCCAAGGGUCUGAGAUUCCCAUGUUUGGCUGCGCCUGCAGGAGACCCGCUGGGCCACCAAAUAGGAUUGCAUCUCAUGUUCCAGCUUCUUGUUGAGACUGGAACUCAAAGUUUUCUUUUAAAUCCCUUAA